AUGGAUGGCUACCACCCAGAUCGUAGUUGGGUAUAUGAUAGACUUUAUGUUCAACGAGGGGGGUUGAAACCAACAUUUGCAAAAGGUGUUGAAGAGUUUAUAACAAAGGCAAUAAGUCGUAAUCAGUUUGUAGAAGAUGGUGGCAUCAGAUGUCCUUGUCACAAUUGUAUGUGUAGCGGUGUAUUGUCUGCAAGUGAAGUAAAACUUCACUUGAAUAGUAGUGGAUAUAUUGAUAACGAUGAUCCAUUUACGUUAAUGCAACAUAUGGUUGAUGAUGCAUUUGGUCCAACUUAUGACUUCCAAAAUAUGGGUGAUGAGGGCAACGAGAAAGAGAUUAAUGAAGAGCCUCCAAAUGAGGAUGCUCAAGACUUUUAUGAUUUGUUAACUGCUGCAAACAAACCCUUAUAUGAGGGGGCUUCUGAUUCAAAACUUUCAAUAUGCGUGAAACUUUUAGCUUGCAAAUCAAAUUGGAAUGUUCCGCAGAAAUGUCUUGAUUUCUUUGCAACCAUGCUUGUAGAUGUGUGUCCUUUUAAGGAUUCACUUCCAAAAAAUUUUUACCAAGCGAAAAAACUGGUGACAAUGCUAGGAUUGAAGUCUGAGAAAAUUGAUUGUUGUGUUAAAGGGUGCAUGUUGUACUACAAAGAGAAUAGUGCAGAUAUAGAGUGUAGGUUUUGUCAUGAACCCCGAUAUGUUCCUCGUAAGCCUGGGAUAGGUAACCACAAAGACAUUCCAGUUAAGAGGAUGUUCUAUAUGCCAAUCACUCCUAGGUUAAAAAGAUUGUAUGCAUCAACGGAAACUGCUGCCCAAAUGAGAUGGCAUCAACAUAAUAGAUCAAGUUCAGGCAUUUUACGUCAUCCAUCUGAUGGGGAAGCUUGGAAUCAUUUUGAUGCAAGGUAUCCAGACUUCGCAAAUGAACCAAGAAAUGUAAGGCUUGGGUUAUGUUCUGAUGGCUUCACGCCAUACAUUCAGGCAUCUUCAUCCCCAUAUUCUUGUUGGCCUGUUGUUGUGACCCCGUAUAAUCUCCCGCCUGAAAUGUGCAUGACUAAACCAUUCAUGUUUUUGACUUGUCUCAUACCUGGACCAUCUAACCCAAAAGCAAACAUUGAUGUGUAUUUACAACCAUUAAUAGACGAGCUUCAACAAUUGUGGAGUGAAGGGGCUUUGACUUAUGAUAUUUCCAUGAAACAAAACUUUGUAAUGAGGGCAACCUUAAUGUGGACAAUUAACGAUUUUCCUGCUUAUGGCAUGUUAUCUGGAUGGAGUACCCAAGGUAAGUUGGCAUGUCCGGUGUGUAUGGAUGGAAAUAAGGCUUUUACUUUAAAAUACGAUGGCAAAAAUUCAUGGUUUAAUUGUCACCGUCGUUUCUUACCUCAUAAUCAUGCAUUUAGAAGUAAAAAAGGGUUCACUAAAAAUAGAGUUGUGAAGGAUGAACCUCCUCCAAUAUUGAAUGGUGAAGAAGUUUGGGGUUUGGUUCACAAUAUUCCACAUGUGAUAGAUAAUGCACAUACUAAAUUGUUUGGAUAUGGAAACAAGACUAAGGACAAUGAAAAAGCACGAAUGGACUUGGCCAUCAUUUGCCAACGUAGCGACCAGGAGUUGGUUCCACAUAACAAUGGAAAAAUGAAAAAACCUAAGGGAAAUUAUUGUCUUACGUCUAGUGAGGCAAAGAAAGUUCGUAAAUGGAUAAAGGAGCUUAAGAUGCCAGAUGGGUAUGCUUCUAACUUGGCAAGAUGUGCAGAUGUUAAUACAGGACAAAUAAAUGGGAUGAAAAGCCACGAUUGUCACGUAUUUAUGGAGUGUUUGCUUCCAUUUUUAUUUAGUUCACUGCCUGACCAUGUGUGGAAACCAUUAACAGAAUUAAGUCAAUUCUUUAAAGGCUUGUGCAGCAAUACCUUAAGACACGAUGAAUUGGUCAAAUUGGGUGAAAAUAUUCCAUUCAUCAUAUGCAAACUUGAAAGAAUCUUUCCACCAGGAUUAUUUGAUUCAAUGGAACAUCUUCUAAUUCACCUACCAUAUGAGGCAAAACUUGGUGGUCCAGUUCAAUAUCGAUGGAUGUAUCCAUUUGAAAGAAUGAUGGGUGAUUUUAAGCGCACAGUGAAAAACAAGGCUAGAGUGGAAGGCUCAAUAUGUAUGUCAUACUUACAUCGAGAGACAACAUAUUUUUGUUCCCACUAUUUCAAAACAAUCUCUUUGUUUAAUAGAAGCCAACAUAAUGAAGGUGCAAACUUAAAUGAUGUUGUCACAACAACACUGUCAAUUAGCAAUCAAUUAGGACGUCCUAGUGGGAAGGCCCAAACACAUUGGUCGAGUGAUGCUGAAAGAAGAUCUGCUCAUUUACACAUCCUCAUCAAUUGCAACGAGGUCAAGCCUGUUGGACUUUAG